AUGCCCGUUCUAAGAAAAUGUCAUCCAACAGUAUUUGAUAUGGAGUCAAUAGUAUCAUCAAUCUAUUCUAAAACCAGUAAUGGGACUCCUUAUAUUAAAAAAGAGGCUUUUGCUAAAAACGUGGAUAAUAUAGUAACCACCAACAGUAUUUUAGUUUCUGAAGAAGAAAAUGAAGACAAAAAUAAUAAAAACUCAUUCUGCCUAUUAGCACAAUACAAGCUUGUUGCAACAUUAUGUUUACUUGUUGCAUUUGGUGGUUUUAUUUUUGGAUGGGAUACAGGUACCAUCUCCGGUUUUGUUCAAAUGCCAAGUUUUAAGAACCUGUUUGGCACUUACAAUGAAUUUACAGGAGUCUAUGAAUUCACAAACUCACGUGUUGGUUUGAUUAUCUCAAUAUUCAACCUUGGAUGUGCAUUGGGCGGUGUUACUUUGGCGAAGCUUGGCGAUAAGCUCGGCAGAAAACGAGGACUCAUGGCUGUUAUAGUUGUUUACAUUAUUGGUAUUGUCACUCAAAUUUCUGCUAUGCACUGGCUUCAAUUUAUGAGUGGCAGGAUUGUUUCAGGUCUUGCGGUCGGUGCUGUUUCUGUUUUGUCACCAAUGUUUAUAGCCGAAACUUCACCAUCCAAAAUUAGGGGCAUUUUGGUUUCUUGCUACCAAUUGCUGAUUACACUAGGCAUUUUGUUAGGUUAUAUUACUACGUUUGGUACGGUACAUACUUUUAGUGACACUAGACAAUGGAGGAUUCCACUAGGUUUAUGUUUUGUUUGGGCUAUAAUUUUGUUUGGUGGUAUGGUUUUUCUGCCGGAGUCCCCAAGGUUCUUGAUUGAGAAGGAGAGAAUGGCGGAAGCAACGGAAUCAAUUGCCAGAGUUAACAGCUUGGAAGUCAGUGAUACAAGGGUAAUUGCUGAGUUGUAUGAAAUUAGCGUUGGUAUCAAAAAACAGCGGGAAGCAGGUGAAGCUUCAUGGUCUGAAUUGGUAUUUGGCAAACCACAUAUAUUGACACGGCUGAUGAUUGGUGUUUCAUUACAAUCAUUUCAACAGCUUACAGGUAACAACUAUUUCUUCUAUUACGGUACAACCAUAUUCCAAUCUGUGGGACUAGAAGAUUCGUUUCUCACAUCUAUUAUCCUUGGUGCAGUCAAUUUUGGAUCAACUUUUGUUGCGCUUUAUGUGGUUGGCCGCAUUGGCAGAAGAACAAAUUUGAUUACAGGAUCUCUUGGUAUGGCCAUCUGUUUAUUGAUAUUUGCAGUGAUUGGAUCAACCAUUCUCUACCCAAACGGAUAUGGUAUGCCGAUAAACAGACUUGCAGGCAUUGGACUGGUUGUACUAACAUGUAUUUUUAUCUUUCUGUUUGCAAUUACUUGGGCUCCUGGCGCUUUCAUUGUAGUCUCCGAGACCUAUCCAUUGCGUAUUCGAAGCAGGGGGAUGGCAAUUGCAACGGCAGCAAACUGGGUAUGGGGGUUCCUCAUCGCAUUUUUCACACCUGCAAUUACAUCACAUAUCAGGUUUGCCUAUGGAUUUGUAUUCUUUGGUGCUACUGUUGUAGGUGGGUUCUUUGUUUACUUUAUGGUUCCAGAAACUGAAAAUUUGUCAUUGGAGGAAGUAGAUGUGUUGUAUCGCUAUUAUCAACCAUUCAAUGCCAGGAAUGCAAGAAAAACCAUUCAAUGUUUUCAUGGUGAAGAGAAACAUAUGGGGCCUUGA